ACACCGACGCCGACGCGUCACUUAAAAUAAACUAGACAGAUUCCGUUUUGGGUAUGAACGGAAACUUCUUUUUCUCUUUCAAACUUCAGCGAUCCAGCUUCAGCCUUCAGCCUUCAGCCUUCAGCUCUAACUAGAAAACCAUACACAAAAUAAAUUAUACAAAAAUAAUAAUAAUUCAGAUCCUUAUUAAAAUCCAUCGAUGGCGGUGGCCGUCCGAGGAAUCCGAGGGGGAGGCAGCGGCGGCAUCAAUGGUGGAUUACGUGCCUUUUUCUCUCACCGGAUCUUCAUCUCCGCCACGUUCACUCUUCUAUUCCUCGCCACUCUCUCUGCUCUCUUCUCCCCUCACCCUCACCACCACCCCUCACUGCCUAGUAGCGGAAAUGCUUACGUGCAACGCACUUUUUUGGCGAUCAAAUCAGAUCCGUUGAAAACACGAUUAGAUUUGAUAUAUAAGCAAGCAAAUGAUCACAUGACGUUAGUUAAUGCAUACGCCGCGUAUGCGAGAAAGCUGAAGCUUGAUAUUUCUAGGCAGUUAAGAAUGUUUGAUGAAUUAGAUAAGAAUUUAACGGAUUUACCGCUGAAACCGAGUUAUAAAUCCUCGCUUUUCGAGCCGGGUAGUGAUGUAGAUGAGGAUGUUUUAAGGCAAUUUGAGAAGGAAGUAAAGGAGAAAGUGAAAGUUGCGAGGUUAAUGAUUGCGGAGGCGAAGGAGAGUUAUGAUAAUCAGAUAAAGAUUCAGAAGUUGAAGGAUACAAUUUUUGCUGUUAAUGAGUUGUUGAUCAAGGCGAAGAAGAAUGGAGCGUUUGCUAGCUUGAUUUCUGCCAAGUCGGUGCCGAAGAGUUUGCAUUGUUUGGCAAUGAGGCUUGUGGGGGAGAGGAUUGCCCAUCCGGAGAAGUACAAGGAGGAAGGGUAUAAGGCGGAGUUUGAGGAUCCGAGUUUGUAUCAUUAUGCGAUUUUUUCGGAUAAUGUGAUCGCGGUUUCGGUUGUGAUUAGGUCUGUGGUGAAGAAUGCGGAGGAGCCUUGGAAACAUGUUUUUCAUGUGGUUACGGAUAAGAUGAAUGUUGCAGCUAUGAAGGUUUGGUUUAGGAUGCGGCCUGUGGAAGGCGGUGCGCAUGUGGAGAUUAACGCUGUGGAGGACUUUAGUUUUCUGAAUUCAUCGUAUGUGCCGGUUUUGAAGCAGCUUGAGAGCGCUAAUAUGCAGAAGUUUUAUUUUGAGAAUCAGGCAGAGAAUGCUACCAAAGAUGGGAGUAAUAUGAAGUUUAGGAACCCUAAAUAUAUGUCAAUGUUGAAUCAUCUUCGGUUUUAUUUGCCUGAGAUGUAUCCUAAGCUGCAUAAGAUUCUGUUUUUGGACGAUGAUGUUGUUGUUCAGAAGGAUUUGACUGGUUUGUGGAAGGUUGAUCUGGAUGGUAAGGUGAACGGAGCUGUUGAGACUUGCUUCGGGUCAUUUCAUCGUUAUGCACAGUAUCUGAACUUUUCACAUCCUUUGAUUAAGGAGAGGUUCAACCCCAAGGCUUGUGCUUGGGCUUUUGGGAUGAAUAUAUUUGAUCUUGAUGCUUGGAGGCGUGAGAAAUGCACAGAGCACUAUCAUUAUUGGCAGAGCCUGAAUGAGGAUCGUACUCUUUGGAAAUUGGGUACUCUCCCACCUGGCUUGAUUACCUUCUACUCCACGACAAAGUCACUGGACAAAUCCUGGCAUGUGCUUGGUCUCGGAUAUAAUCCAAGUAUUAGCAUGGAUGAGAUCAGCAACGCUGCUGUCAUUCAUUACAAUGGAAACAUGAAACCUUGGCUUGACAUUGCUAUGAACCAAUACAAGAAUCUCUGGACUAAAUAUGUAGACAAUGAUAUGGAAUUUGUUCAGAUGUGCAAUUUUGGUCUUUAGACGAACACCGCUCGUGCUCCAUUACUGGCCAGGUAGACAGCAACGAGCUGUAAGUGUUCAUACUGAAUUACUUCUAUAUUUCAUGAUUUUGGAUCCAAUCAUUAGUUGUAACUUUCAAAGUUCUGUGUCCAACCAAACUGGUUUUUCUGCGCGCAGAAAUGAUUCUUUUGAAUGAAAUAUUUUCGACGAA